AUGGGUAACAGUCAGGGCAAGCCCGUUGAGUUCAACGGUGAAGUCAAUCUCAACCACUUCCGACUACUGCGAGUCGUCGGACGAGGUGCCUUUGGCAAAGUUCGAAUCGUGGAGCGGAAGGAUACAGGUCUGUCCUUUGCUCUGAAAUACAUCCGCAAAGAUGAAGUGGUUCGGUCCGAAAGUGUACGCAACAUCAUUCGCGAGCGCCGCAUGCUGGAACAUGUGAACCACCCGUUCAUUUGCAACUUGCGUUACAGUUUUCAAGAUAUAGAGUACAUGUAUCUCGUUGUCGACCUUAUGACUGGCGGCGAUUUGCGAUUCCACAUCUCGAGGAAGACCUUCACUGAAGAAGCGGUUCGCUUUUGGAUCGCCGAGCUCGGUUGUGCCCUGAGAUAUGUCCAUGGCCAGGGCAUUAUUCACCGUGAUGUCAAGCCUGACAAUGUUCUCCUCGACGCAGACGGGCACGUGCAUUUGACAGAUUUCAACGUUGCAUCAGACGUGAUUCCGGGCAAGGUGCUUACGAGCAAAUCUGGCACGCUUGCAUACCUUGCUCCGGAAGUCUAUGGAGGCAAGGGGUACGAUGUCCGUGCUGACUGGUGGUCCCUGGGAGUCCUCUUUUACGAAUGCAUCUACAACAAGCGUCCGUUUGAGGGCAAUUCCGAGUCAAGUCUGAGCAGCGUGAUCAUGGCUGCGAACCCCAAGUUUCCCAUCACAGCCCCUCCGGUCUCACUACCUUGCCUGUACGCAAUAGGUUCUGCCCUGGAACCCAAUCCUGACAAGAGACUUGGCCACACGUGGGACAGCUUCAUCAACGAGCCAUUUUUCAAGUCCAUAGAUUUCGAUGCGCUGUUGAGGAAAGAGAUUGAGCCAGUCUUUGUUCCAUCAUCAGAAAAGACGAACUUUGACGCUACGUACGAUCUCGAAGAGUUGUUGCUGGAGGAGGCGCCUCUUGAGGCUCGAGCCCGGAGGCAGAAGCCGAGAGAGAAGCUGAAGGACGACGCCACACAAAAAGAGAUUCGUGAAGAGGAGCUCUACAAGACCAUUGAGCGCGAGUUCCGCCCAUUUGACUACACGGUGGCCGCAUACGAGAAAAUCACUGCGAUGCAGAAUGAACAACAACAGCAAAACGAAGAACACGGUGACCUCCAGGCGGCUGGAGAGCCGCAAGCAAUCAGCACGAACGAAGUCCAGCCUGCUCCCACUACCAAUGGCUCCUCACACGUUCUGCACCAUGCGUCGUCAGGUCAUGAUUCCGACAUGAUGCAGCGGACGGCCAGUGGAGGACAGAGGCAGCAGAUGCCUCCUACACGCCCUGCACCGAAACCGUAUCCGCCGAGCUACAACGAGACGACGAAGCCCCAGCCGCCCACUCCCGGCACUCGCGUGCAGCACCGCACUGGCGGUCUUUCGGUUACGAUUGAUGCUACCGGAAGCUGGUCACAGCUUGCCCGUCAAGACGCGACUUUGCCUGCGGACGCGAAUGCUGCUAAUGACGACAAAGGGGGCUCCUCCGGUGGGGGUGUGUUUGGCAUAUUCGGGCGCAAGAAGGGGCGCGGACACAGCCCGAAGCCCAGAGAGCGAGGUGUCUUGGGCAAGGAGGGCGCACGCCAGGUCAUCGGAUAA